AUGCCCGAGGAGGACGACUGCGACACGCUGGUGUCGGACCUGCUACAGGUUAAGAAGCUGUUCGCAAACAACCAUCUAAGCGACGUGCUGUCGACCACAGGAGACCACCUCAUCCCCGCACAUCGGCUGGUGCUAUCGCUACGUAGCGGCGCGUUCCAGGCGGCAUUACUGAGAGCUAAAAGCAGUCAAGUGCCGGGUCAAGUGCGCUUCCCACUGAAGAUCCACGUGCAGGACACGCCCUAUCAUGUGUUUCAUUCGCUUCUGAGAUUUUUGUACACGAACGAGCUGGGUGCCGACGGAGAAGAAGGAGGCAAACAACGAGACCGAGAGGAAUUCUGGCAGCAAUUACUGCGAGCAGCGUUCAUGUACUUGGUGCCGUCAUUGGUGGGCAUUUGCCGAAAGCGACAGCUGCAAAAGAAAACGUUGGAUGUGUUGGUGUUUAUGGACGCGGUACUGACGACGAACCCUCUGACCGCUAGACGAAGAGAACCGCCAGAUUCGAAUACGAUAACCCCACCAUCGUCGCAGAAUGGACGUCGAUUAAUUAAUGAGGCAGGUGACGCAACCAACUCUGUGCUGUCACGGUGUACGAAAGCGGUGCAUGAAUUACAGAGUAUGUGCCUAAAGCAGCUCCAGCACAUGGAUGAAGCUGCAUUUGAGGAGUUAUUGCAGAGUGACACAGGGCGACAAUGCUCGACAGAGAGAUUGUGCGAAAUCUUGAGAAUGCGAUCAGAUACACCACUGGUUGUGGCGAUCCGAUAUCAACUUGGUCGUGUAGUAAAUGAGCUGUUGCGACGCGGAGAACCAUUGGAUCAAGUUGGGGACGAUGGGGCUGAUUUACCGCUUGUUGCAGCAAUAAAGACUGGGAACAACGCGAUCAUUCGCCGCCUGCUUGUCGAUGAAAGCGCACCAUUCUUCCUUCUCACCGACAAGGUUCCGUUAAUGUUUUUGGCCAGCGCAAGUGGAAAUGUGCAGCAUUGCGAGAUUCUAAUCGAACAGAACGCCGCUGAUGUAAAUCUGAUCUCGCAGUUGAAAGACGGAGACAAGGAGAUUACAGCUGAGUUCGGACAUCAACAGACACCACUGCAUGUAGCCAGUCGAAAAGGGCACAGUGAAGUGGUGGAAUUAUUGUUACAACAUAAUGCAGCGUCCAACUUGCCUGACGAGGAAGGAAACACAGCGCUGCACUACGCGUCAAACAUUGAAACGGUUGAAGUGCUGCUGAACAGUGCGUUUAGAACGAAUGCCAAUAUUCCAAACAGACGAGGACGGACACCACUACACAUUGCUGCCGCACGAGGAGACGUUGCGGUGGUUGCAUAUCUAAUCCGCCAUGGUGCAGAACAAGAUAUUGUGGAUGAUCAAGGGCAGAACGCAUUCCACCACGCUGCUGCUAACGGCCACACGGCGGUCACUCUUGUUCUGCUUCACGAGAACGAAGCUGCUAUGCGAGAAGAACCUAGCGGGUUUGAUAUCAACAAGGAGGACUUGAAAGGCAACACCGCUCUUCACCUCGCUGCUAUGUCGCCAUCCGAGAGGUGUCAGAAAAUGCUACAACUGCUGCUGGAGAAUGGCGCUGAUCCGAACCGAGCAAACUGGUUCGGCUACACUGCGCUACAUUUAUUUUGCUCUCAUCAAAACGGACCGGCGUCUAUUAUCAACGCAUUUAUUGAACACGGUUCAAAUAUUCACGCCCAGAGUUUAGAUGGUAGUACAGCAUUACAUCUGGCUGUGGGUCGAGGAAGCCAAGAUGUUGCAGUCGCACUGGUAAGUGCUGGCGCCUUCGUGCACCUGCUGGACGCAGCGGGUCGCAGCGUGGUGGAUCUCGUGGAAAACACGAACCAGGGAUCGAUGCUAGUACCAGUGUUGCGCAAUCUGUCACAUCCACCCGAGUGGGUUGGCGACGAGCAAACCACCGAGUGCUCAUCCUGCCACACAGCCUUCCGACUGGCCAUGCGCAAACACCAUUGUCGCCACUGCGGGCGCACCGUGUGCUACAACUGCUCGAGCAACAAGAUCGCCAUCCCGAAGUUCCAAGUGCUUAAGCCCGAUCGAGUUUGCGACACUUGCUUCGACGUAUUGUCCUUCCGGAAGUUGCUGUAA